AUGGCGCCCUCGACGAAGCUCACGCUCGACAAACUCGCCAAGUUCGACGAUAUCAUUACUGACGCUGUGGUUGACAAAGUCUACGGCUGGUUCACUAUCCGCAAAAACCGGGGUGGCCGAUUUACGGGCUCGCGGGGUCUGCGUGAAGAAGACGUUGCUGAUAUCAUCCGGCAGUAUGUCAUCUGGGAGAAAGAUCCGGCGGAGGCGGUGCAAAAGCUGUUGCAGUUAACGGCUCUGCGCAGGUUCGUAAGUGGUCUCAAAGACAAGAACGACCAGGAGCAGUUCAAGCGCCACCUCCGAAGAUACAUCAACAUCUAUAUGCCCGACUGUCAAUUCGAUGUAACGACGACGAACCGCUAUACGAUUACCGAGCACGAGGCCUCCAUCACCGCGCGAAAAGACAUCAACCCAAGGGAGGAGAUCAAGUACUUGACUGGAGUACAAGUCGCUAUGACAGAAGAGCAAGAGAAGUCGCUAGAGCUGGCGCGCAAAGACUUCAGUCUGGUCAUUUCCAGCAGAAAGAAGACGCGCUCACUCUUCCUGGGGCCUGCGCGAUUCGCAAAUCAUGACUGCGAUGCCAACGCAAAGCUCACGACAAAGGGCUACGACGGAAUGCAGAUUGUGGCGGUGAAGCCUAUCUACGAGGGAGACGAGAUUACAGUUUCGUAUGGCGAAGAUUACUUUGGCGACAACAAUGAAGAAUGUCUUUGCAGCACCUGCGAAAGUCUGCAGCAGAAUGGCUGGGCACCACAGAGGCGAAUCGAACAGGACGAGGACGAGGAAAUCGAAGGGGGCGCAGUCACGAGCCUUGAGCAGGCAGAGGACCUCAUCGCGACAGACGAAUCAGUCUCGUUGAAGAGGCCGCGAGACGAGUCGGAUGGAGAGGCUUCGCGCGACACGACGCCCACCUGCAAACGAGCCCGGUUCGAGCAAAAGUCACCAGACAAUGAGGCGGACCUUCUUCGAAAGACGACGCUCAAGAAGGCGCACAGCACUUCGUCACUACGACAAGAAGUUCCCGUAUCCAGCAUCGAGGACCCCUCCAUCAACUUGGCACAAAUGACGCGCGAAAUCCGCAACCAACAGCGUGACGGCCUUCUCAUGGUGAAGGUGGAUGAAACCACGCCAUCGCGAGAAGUGUCACCGCAGUCAUCCAUAGCCGCGGCCUCGCCCAAAUCAUCACAAUCAACCGAUGCCACAUCGAUCGAGGAAGACUUGGAGAGUAGCGCGUCCAAGGAGAAAGUCGACGCUGAGACCAUCCACGAGGAGCACCCCGCACUGGGUGUGGCAACAGUGAAGACAGAAGUAACGACAAUAACGACAAUGGUAAACGCCCCGUGGCCCUCCCCGCCUGCAGACGACGACGCAUACAUGUCUGAUCUCAGCGAACUCUCGUCGAGCCUCGAAUUUGACAGUGAAAACGAACAGAUUGUCAAGCGCAAGCCCCACGCAUGCACAUUCCGCACCACACGCUCCAAAUCCCGCUUCGAAGUCCAGAACCGCGUCGGCACGCCCAUCACCCUCUGCGAAGGCGACGAAUCCUCGUACGCUGAGAACCCCCGCAAACCAGGCGACUACAUGACGUCCAACGCGCUGCUGUCGGCCAAGUACUCCAAGUGGGUGAAUUGCCACACGUGCGAGGCAGACUUUAUCCAGCAGGACGGCUACAACACCCGCAAGGAGUGUCCGCGCUGCGAACGCCAUUCCAAACUCUACGGCUUUCCUUGGCCCAAGACGGAGAAGGAAGGCAAGCACGAUAGGGAGGAGAGGAUACGGGAUCACCGCACCGUGCACCGUUUUGUUGACCCCAACGAGGAGAGGCAGCUCAAGCGCGACAAGGUGGGGAAAGUCAUCAAGAAUAAUAUCCGUGACCGGUUCAGUACACCCAGGAGUUUGAGGAUGGGCAGUGGCAGUGCCGAGAUUGAGAGUGCGAAGAAGAUGAAGAAGAAGGGUGGUAGGGCACGCAAGACCAUGUGA